AUGUCUUCUGCAAAAGUUCCAAACUUAUCAAGAAUUAAAAGUAAUCUAGAAAAAAAGUUUAUUGAUGUCUAUGGGAAUAAUCCCUAAAACCAAGAAAUACUUGAUUACAUAAUAAGAGAGUUAAAAGGGGAAACAGCAUAAAGUGAAAAGAAAACUAAAUCAUCAUAACAGAUAUAUUCUGAAGAUAAGGCAGUCUAAUCAAUACCCUAAACUGCCCCUUAAUUAACCGAAAAAAUCAUUGAUAAAACCAAAGAACCAUCAAAUAAAAACUCUAAGGAAUCUCAAAAACUAUCUAGUCAUCAUGGUAGAUCAGUAUAUGAAAUUGAUUCAUUAAAAUGGGGUUAAUAUGCAAAAGAAUAAGAUUUCAAGUAAAAAUAAGAGGAUGAAGAAAAAUAGAAAAAAUUAGCACAAUAAUAAGAAGAUCUCAGGAAGUAGUUAUGUGAAAUCAAGUUAAGGAAACUCAAAGAGAAAGAGGAUGAAAAGAAUUCAGACAUUAGAUUUGCAGAGUAACAAAAAUAAUAGAUCAAAAAACAAGAGGAACUUUCUAGAUAGAAUAAAGAAUUAAAAGCUUAGUAAAAAAAAGAAGAACUUUAAUAAGUCAAUACUUACUUAGAUAAUUUAAAGAAAAUGGAAAGAAAAAAACAAAAAAUUAGAAUUGCAGAAGAGCAAUAAGAAAUUGCUUAAGUUUUAAGAUAGAUGCAUUUAGAAGAUGAAAUUAAUAAAAAAAAAAAAUUAGAAAAGUAGUUAGAAAUGUAGAAGGUCCUAAAAUAAUAUGAUGAGGAUUAAGAGAAAUAAAAGAAAGCUAUUGAAAAAGAAAAAGAGGAGGAUAGAAAAUUAAUGAAAUAAAAUAGUGAAAUUAUAAAAAAAAGGGAUGAAUAGAGAGAAAAAGAAAAAAAUGAUAGAUUAAAUAAAAUAGAAGGAAUAGCCAAUAGAUUUUAAUAAACUGUUGAUAGGGAAUUACAAGAAAGAAUAAAAGAGGAAGAGAGAAAAUGUUAAAAGCAUAUGAAGGCUUAGGAAGAAAAAGAAAGAAAAGAAGAAGAAAGAAAGAAAAAGUCUUUGGAGAGAAAAACUAAGGAAAUGACUGAUGAAUUAAAAAGACAAAAGUAAUAAAGAGAAGAUGUAAAAAAACGAGAAAUAGAAGAAGAUAAAUAAUUAGCAAAAGAAAUUAAAGACAAAAUCUUGAGAGAUGAAAAAUUGUCAUUAAUAAAGAAAGAAAAGUAUAAUGAAAAAAUCUUAGAAACAAAUUAGAUAAUUAAAGAUUAAAUGGUAAUUGAAGAGAAGAGGAAAAAGAAAAAAAAUAUAUGA